CUUCCGCUUCCGGCCACUUGGCGUGUGAGUUGCUGAGAGGAGGAUGGACGGUCUGGUGGCACAGUGCUCCGCGCGGCUGCUGCAGCAGGAAAAGGAGAUUAAAUCUCUGACUGCUGAGAUCGACCGGCUAAAGAACUGUGGUUGCUUAGAAGUUUCUCCAAGUUUGGAACAGCUUCGAGAAGAAAAUUUAAAAUUGAAGUAUAGGCUGACUGUUCUUCGCAGGAGUCUUCAGGCAGAAAAGAGAAGGCCAACUAAAAAUAUGAUUAACAUCAACAGCCGCCUGCAGGAAGUGUUUGGCUGUGCCAUUAAGGCUGCAUAUCCAGACUUGGACAACCCUCCUCUGGUCGUAACACCUAGUCAGCAGCCCAAGUUUGGAGACUACCAAUGUAAUAGUGCCAUGGGUAUUUCUCAGAUGCUCAAAGCAAAGGAUCAGAAAGUUAAUCCUAGAGAAAUCGCUGAAAACAUUACUAAACACCUGCCGAACAAUGAAUAUAUUGACAAAGUUGAAAUUGCCGGUCCUGGUUUCAUUAAUGUGCAUUUGAGAAAGGAUUUUGUGUCAGAACAGUUGACCAAUCUCCUAGUAAAUGGGGCUCAACUUCCUGCUCUUGGAGAGAAUACAAAGGUUAUAGUUGACUUUUCUUCUCCCAACAUAGCUAAAGAGAUGCAUGUUGGCCACCUCCGGUCAACUAUCAUAGGAGAAAGUUUGUGCCGCCUCUUUGAAUUUGCAGGGUAUGAUGUGCUAAGGUUAAACCAUGUAGGAGAUUGGGGGACCCAGUUUGGCAUGCUCAUCGCUCACCUGCAAGAUAAAUUUCCAGAUUAUCUGACAGUUUCACCUCCGAUUGGGGAUCUUCAGGCCUUUUAUAAGGAGUCUAAGAAGAGGUUCGAUGCUGAGGAGGAGUUUAAGAGGCGAGCCUAUCAGUGUGUGGUUUUGCUGCAGAGUAAAAACCCAGAUAUCAUGAAAGCCUGGAAGCUCAUCUGUGACGUCUCGCGUGACGAGUUUAGUAAAAUCUAUGAUGCAUUGGACGUCACUUUAAUAGAGAGAGGAGAGUCCUUCUAUCAAGAUAGGAUGAACGAUGUUGUAAAGGAAUUUGAAGAUAAAGGAUUUGUGCAAGUAGAUGAUGGCAGAAAAAUUGUGUUCGUACCCGGGUGUUCCAUACCAUUAACCAUAGUGAAAUCAGAUGGGGGCUAUACUUACGAUACGUCUGACCUGGCUGCUAUCAGGCAGAGACUAUUUGAAGAAAAAGCAGAUAAGAUUAUUUAUGUGGUGGACAAUGGACAAGCUAUGCAUUUCCAGGCCAUAUUUGCUGCUGCUCAGAUGAUUGGUUGGUAUGAUCCAAAAGUAACUCGAGUGGCCCACGUUGGAUUUGGUGUGGUGCUAGGCGAAGACAAGAAGAAGUUUAAAACACGGUCAGGUGAAACUGUGCGCCUUGUGGACCUGCUGGAAGAAGGACUGAAACGGUCCAUGGACAAGCUAAAGGAGAAAGAGAGAGACAAGGUCUUAACUGAAGAGGAGUUGAAAGCAGCUCAGACAUCCGUUGCGUAUGGCUGCAUCAAAUAUGCUGACCUUUCCCACAACCGCCUCAAUGACUACAUCUUCUCCUUUGACAAGAUGCUGGAUGACAGAGGAAACACGGCUGCUUACUUGCUAUACGCCUUCACUAGAAUCAGGUCUAUUUCUCGUCUGGCCAAUAUUGAUGAAGAGAUGCUGCAGAAAGCUGCUCGAGAGACCAAGAUAGUUUUGGACCAUGAGAAGGAAUGGAAACUAGGCCGGUGCAUUUUACGAUUCCCCGAGAUUUUACAGAAAAUUUUAGAUGACUUAUUUCUCCACACACUCUGCGAUUAUAUUUAUGAGCUAGCAACUACUUUCACAGAGUUCUAUGACAGCUGUUACUGUGUGGAGAAAGAUCGACAGACUGGGAAAGUUUUAAAGGUGAACAUGUGGCGGAUGCUCCUGUGUGAAGCAGCUGCUGCUGUCAUGGCCAAGGGGUUUGAUAUACUGGGAAUAAAACCCGUCCAAAGGAUGUAAUUUUACCAAAGUGGCAAUUAGUACUAUUUGCUUUUUAAACAAUCAUGUGGACACAAAAGUAGUAAAGGAAUUUUCACAACUA